AUGAGUAACUUAAGAUGGCGUGCUAUCACUGCAUCAAAUGUGUUGUGAUUUUCCAAAUGUAUUAAAAAAUACGUAUAGUUUGACAGGUUUCACUUAUAUCGAAGUUUAUUACAUUAAGAAAAAAAUUUUAAUACAGUGAAAUUCUGAUUAUUGUUAUGGAAACUGAAAGACGAUCAGAUUUGUACGAAGAAUGGAAAAGACGAGCUUUUCUUGGUCCACUCCCCCAAGGAUUUUUAAGAUUGGAAGAGCGUAAUGUACAAUUACAACAAGAAGCAGCAGACCAACAAGCUGCACUUGCACUUCAUCAAUUGCAAAUGCAGAAUAUGCCUGCUAUGCAUGAACCUCAUGUUGGCAGACUUAGCAUAACAAUUGUUCAGGCUAAACUUGUAAAAAAUUAUGGAAUGACAAGAAUGGAUCCUUAUGUGAGAUUAAGAGUAGGUCAUGCUGUAUAUGAAACACAUACAUGUUCAAAUGGAGCAAAAAAUCCACAUUGGAAUAAAGUUAUUCAAUGCUAUUUGCCACCAGGAGUUUUACAAAUCUAUAUAGAAAUUUAUGAUGAAUGUUCUUUUGUAAUGGAUGAAUUAAUUGCAUGGGGUCAUAUAGAUAUCCCAUCACAAGUUCUUCAAAAAGGAGAGACACAUGAAGAUUGGUACAUGCUUAGUGGAAAGCAAGGAGAUAAUCAAGAGGGAAUGAUAAAUUUAGUUUUUAGUUAUACGACUAAGUGUCAGUCUUAUAUGAGUGCACCUCCAAUUAUGAUGGUUCCUUCUUCAACAAUGUUUGGUAUGACACGAUAUGCACCAGUAAAUGUUUACACAGCACCAACUACAGCUACUGUAUCAGCUGUUAUUCCUAGUUCUAUGCCAAAUGCUGAAGUUGAAUUAAAACAGAUUUCAGAGAUGUUUCCAAAUGUGGAUAAAGAAGUAAUUAAAUCAGUCUAUGAUGCAAAUAAUGGAAAAAAGGAUGUAACUAUAAAUUCAUUACUCCAAAUGUGUGAAUAAGUAAUUUUAUAUACAAAUUGCUAUUUAAUUCCAAAGGCCAUGUUUAUGUUUUCUGCUAUGUUGUAUUUCUUUUGAAUUGUAAUAUAUUUGCAAGUUAUUUCCAUGCAUUUUAUUGGUAUAUUAAUAUUUAAUAUAAAAAAAUCUAUAUAAUAUAUUGGAUAAGGAAAUAUA